GCCCAUUUGUGCAGACGCACAUCCUGUUGUGAAUAAUUUGGUCCUUAUUUGUUCAAUGAAUGAACGAGUGUAUGAUCUGUUUAUAUUUGGUUGAUAGGAAAAGGAAAAGGAAAAGGAAGCGGAAUGGGGAGAAAGAAGAGUGUAGGAGAUCUGAAGAAAGUUGAUUUGAAAGGAAAGAGAGUGUUUGUGAGGGUUGAUCUCAACGUUCCUUUGGAUGACAAUUUCAACAUCACCGAUGAUACCCGCAUCCGAGCUGUUGUCCCAACCAUCAACUACUUGAUGCCUCAUGCUUCCAAACUCAUCCUCUGUUCCCAUCUGGGACGCCCAAAGGGUGUCACACCAAAGUAUAGCUUGAAGCCUCUUGUGCCUAGGCUGUCUGAGCUUCUUGGUGUUGAGGUCAAGAUGGCAAAUGACUGUAUUGGUGAAGAAGUUCAGAAAAUGGUGGCUAAACUACCAGAAGGGGGUGUUCUUCUUCUGGAAAAUGUGAGGUUCUACAAGGAGGAAGAGAAGAAUGAUCCUGAAUUUGCAAAGAAGCUGGCAUCCCUUGCAGACCUCUAUGUGAAUGAUGCAUUUGGCACUGCUCAUAGAGCACAUGCUUCCACAGAGGGAGUGGCUAAGUAUUUGAAGCCUGCUGUUGCCGGAUUCCUUAUGCAGAAGGAACUCGAUUAUUUAGUUGGAGCUGUGUUGAACCCCAUGAGGCCUUUUGCUGCCAUUGUUGGAGGCGCCAAGGUAUCGAGUAAGAUUGGUGUGAUUGAGUCUUUGUUGGAGAAGGUUGACAUGCUCUUGCUAGGUGGAGGUAUGAUUUUUACAUUUUACAAGGCCCAAGGGUACUCAGUUGGAUCCUCCCUAGUCGAGGAAGACAAGCUUGACCUUGCCACAUCACUUCUCGCGAAGGCUAAGGCUAAAGGGGUGUCUUUAAUGCUCCCUUCUGAUGUGGUUGUUGCUGACAAGUUUGCCGCUGAUGCCAACAGUAAGAUUGUCCCAGCAUCUGGUAUUCCUGAUGGUUGGAUGGGAUUGGACAUUGGGCCUGAUUCCAUCAAGGUCUUUGGUGAAGCAUUGGAUACCACCAAAACCAUUAUUUGGAAUGGACCUAUGGGAGUGUUUGAAUUUGAAAAGUUUGCAGCAGGAACAGAGGCCAUGGCAAAGAAACUGGCAGAUCUCACUGGCAAGGCGGUGACGACAAUAAUUGGAGGAGGCGACUCUGUUGCAGCUGUUGAGAAGUAUGGGCUUGCAGACAAGAUAAGUCACAUCUCAACUGGAGGUGGUGCCAGCUUGGAACUUCUCGAGGGAAAAUCACUCCCCGGAGUUCUUGCCCUUGAUGAUGCUUGAGUAACGCAUGGUUCCCGUUCCCGUUUAUUGUGUGUCUUUUGUUGAUGCUUUAUAUCUGGGGUGGUUUUUGAUCAGAGCGGAUUCGAAUCAUAAUGGACUUGAACUUUGUAGAGUAAUAGAUCAAGUUUGAAUAAAGUUGAUUGUAGUGGGAUUGAUCGAUUUGCUAGGCAAAUGUGAAUCUUCCGUUUGGUGAAAGAGUUGUUACUGAUUCAGCUUAGGUUGGUUGUUUUGAAAAAAGCACCCCCCCCCAACUGACUCAGAAUAAUUUGGUGUAGCCUACUGGUAACCUGAUUGAACUCAUUAGCAUGUUUGUGCAUAAUUUAUGGGUAUUGCACUAUCCAUUUCCAUUUGUCUUAAUUAAAUCAAAUGGGCUCAGUCGGUCCAUGGAGAAAAAA